CUUCCACCUCUUAUGAAACUGAUAUUUAUCAUCUUCAUUACUAUCACUGGACGUAGGGCGGUGCAAUUUGUGGUGAUUGUCACGUUGUUUUUGGAAUCCUAUUUAGCAUGGACCCUAGUAGGGUAGUUGAGGCAUUAAGUAAUACUCUGUUGGCAGAAAAACAAGGAAAUGGGACAAAGAUACUUGAUGAAAUGCAUAAAAUUAUUGGAUUUGUUCCCACUCUAUUGAAAAUCAUCCUCGAAGAGAGUGUUGAUGUGGGAGUACGACAAGCAGCAGCUCUCUAUUUUAAAAACAACAUCUCUGAAUGGUGGAAGCCCGAGGAGUCAGACGAAUCUGGUGAAUUAAGAUUUUGUAUACAUGAGCAAGAUAAGCAGGCAAUCAGAAGUUCUAUUGUAGCAGCUCUUGUCUCGGCGCCAAUUCCUUUUCAAACUCAUCUCCAGGUUGCUCUUUCCAAAAUAAUUAGGCAUGAUUUUCCUACUCGUUUUGAAGAGUUCCCUGAACAAGUAAAGCAUUUUUUAGAAUCAAAUGAUCGCCAUCAUCUUCGAGGAGCUCUUCGUUGCCUUUAUGCUUUUGUUGAAGUGUAUACAUACAAAAAAAACGAUGAACGCGCAAAUACGGUUUCCACGAUGCAAGUUUUUCUUCCAAUCUUAUAUUCAACGUUGUCGAGUCUCAUCGUUGAAGAAUCCGAAGAUUCUUAUGUACUUCAAACGCUCAUUAUCAAAAUAUUCUUUUCAUUUAUAAAUUACCAUUUCCCACUGGAUGCAAUGAAUAAACAGUUAUUUACUCAUUGGAUUGAUAUGUUCUGUACUAUACUCGGUGAUUUCAAAGUGACUCAUUCGGACACUUCAAGUUCAACCUGGAAACGGCAAAAAUGGGCUUUAAAAAUACUUAACAGGGUUUCUACCCGUUAUGGUAGUCCUGGCUCAGUCAUUAAGCUAUAUCAACCAUUCGCUGACUGGUAUCUUAAAGCUUUCUCAGGGCAAAUAAUAUCAGUACUUCUGAAUAUAUGUGAAGCAUACAGACAAAAAUCAUUCGUUUCCAAACCUGUGCUUAGUCAAACACUGGACUAUUUUUCUUCGGCACUGGCUAACUCAUUUUCAUGGAAAUUACUACGGCCACACUUCUCUCUUUUGGUCCGUGAAGUUAUAUUCCCGCUAAUGUCAUAUACUGAAGAAGAUGCAGAAUUAUGGCAAGAAGAUCCAGUGGAAUACAUUCGAGCAGAAGCCGGUGAUUGGGGAUCAGUAUCUAGUCCAGCAAGUGCAGCGUCUACGCUUCUAAGUGAAGCAUGUGUUAAACGACGUGGUGUUCUCAAUAACAUAAUGCCGUUCUGCAUUCAUAUAUUAAGUUCCGAGAGUUCUCCUAUUGAGAAGGAUGCUGUUUUGCACAUGUACAUAGCUAUAGCUGAAAUCUUACUGAAAAAAGCUGCAUACAAGUCUCAAUUAGAAUCAUUUCUUGUAGGUCAUGUCCUUCCGACUUUGCAUGCUCCUGAAGGAUAUCGUCGUGCUAGGGCUUACAGAUUGCUGGAGAAAUUAUCAGAGGCUAAAUUCAAUGACCAAAAUAUAUUUGCCCAAGUUGUUGAUGAAGUGAGAAAAGCUGCAUGUUUUGAUUCGGAAUUGCCAGUUCGUGCGUUUGCUGCACUCUGUCUCUCAGAAUUAGUUCGGUGUCAAGAAACUGCCCAUCAAUUUGUGGCUCCUCAUCUACGCGAACUCUUGAUACGUUUAUUGGAGCUUCUUCGGCAAACUGAAUUCGACGAUUUAAACAGUGUAAUCGAAAUAUUAAUACAUACAUUUGAAAAAGAAAUAGUUCCAAUCGCUUCUGAAGUUAUGCAAACAUUGUCAGAUACGUUUCAUCAGCUCGUUAUUAAAUCCGAGUAUGAAUUAAAUAGGGAAUUAAUCGAGCUUGAGGAUACAGAAGAUCUCUUUGAGUACCGGUCAAUAGUUGCUACAAGUGUUUUAGAUAAUAUGGAGUCUAUUCUGCAAGUUGGUGAAGAUAAUGAAAACCUUGUUGCUCAGCUUGAACCCAUUGUUGUGCAUUUGAUUCAGUCUAUAUUCAACCAUAAAUUAAGUGUGUUCUUUGAUGAAGCUCUCACGUUCAUUUUCUCGCUGACAACUAACAAGAUUUCCCCACUUUUGUGGCAACUUUUCGAUCAACUCUAUCCUGUAUUUAAAAAAGAUGCUUGCGAGUGCUUUUCCGAAAUGAUGCCCUGUCUACAUAAUUACAUAACAGUGGACCGUGAGGCUUUCCUGGCAAAUACUUCACGUAUUGAACAAAUUACUGCUAUGUGUUUAGAGGUGUUCUCAAUGGAUGACCAAGAAAGACUACAAAUGCAUGCUGCAAAAUUACUUGAAGUUAUUUUACUUGAUUAUCGAGGUCAAGUGAAUCAGUAUGUACCAAAAUAUGUUGAGCUAGCACUUACACGUCUUACACGCCCGCUUGUUUCAAGUGAACUUAGAACACUCUGUAUGCAGGUGGUAAUUGCUGGAUUGCUUUACUCACCUAUGGAUAUGCUUCAUAUGAUGAUCGAGCAUCCAUGGCCUGGGACAGAGGUUAACAUUUUGUCCGAAUUCCUCAAACGAUGGAUUGAAGAUGCAGACUGUUUCCUUGGAUUGCAUGAUCGCCGCCUCUGUGUCUUAGGACUUUGUUUGAUCAUUUCUCUUCCGGUUGAUAAACGAACUGAUGCAAUUGUAACAUUCAGUGAAAAGUAUAUACCAUCACUUCUACUGCUAUUUUCUGGACUGAAAAAGGCGUACGCAACAAAAGCUUCCAAUCAAAAUGAGGAUGAUUCGGAUGAAGAAGAAUCUGAAACAGAGGAAGAUUUAGAGGGUAAAGCUUUGGGAAGCGAUGAAGAUGAAGUAGACGAAGAAAGUGUUCGUUAUUUAGAAAUGUUAGAGGCAACUAAAGAUUCAGAUGACGACGACGAUGAUGAUGAUGAAGAUGAGGACGAUGAGGAAGAAGAAACACUCGAGGCGUUCGACACACAAAUGGAUAAGUCUGAAUGUGAUAUGGAUGAAUAUGUAACGUUUUAUCGUGUAAUGACUGAAUUGGAAAGAUCUGAUUAUGCAUGGUAUAGUCAGUUGAUCAAUCAUCUUAGUGAAGAACAACAAAAUGAUCUCAAAGGAGUGGUGGAUACUGCUCUAAAAUGUAUCCAACAAAAAGAGUCUAAAAUUAUUGAACAAGCUGGAGGAUAUACUUUUUCACCAACUAUCCCUAGUAGCUUUGAUUUCGGUUCACCCAAUGGACAACUUAAAUAAUCUAUGGUUAUAAACUCUGUUGUAAGGAAUUGAGUAUUAGUUUAUGAUACUUUUUUUCUCUCUGUAUAGGAUAUGUUAUAGUCUAAUAAACAUGUAAACAAAACUUUCAUAAUUACAAUUUACUUAACUCCAUUAAAUGUGCGCGCUACCCAUUAUGCUAUUUUUAUUUCAUAAAUAAUCUGGUAACUAUAAUUUCGUUCUGUCUUCAGUUUGUUUUCCUUUUAUCAUUGUACACAUGUAUUCUUCUUCUUUGUCUUCGUCUUCUGUAUGCUCUUAUUGUCAAUGUUUACUAUUUCUAACUUUGUGUUUCCUGUUCAACUGACACUAAUCCAUGAUCUUUGUCUGUAGUGCUUCUAUUCUUCUCCCCCAUUCGUAAAUAUUCUAUAUUGCACACACACAUAUAUAUUUGUGUUUUGUUUUUCUUUUUUUCCAUUAAUCAAUGCAUGAAAUGAAAAACUAACCAAAUAUAUAAUUCGUGUUCAACAGAGAUUUGAUUGUGACUUAUUUGUUGGUAAAUAUUUUUCUUAUGUAUUCGAAGAAAAUUGUGUUUUUUUUGUUUGUUUUUAUAUCCCUGUUUUUUCAAUAUUAGUUCCCCCUUCUUUCUUUUUUUCCCAAAAAAAGAAAAAAAGAUCUUGUUAACGACUGCAUUAUAAAACUGGUUAAUUUUCUUGCUUAUUUUUGCUCUUUUUUAAGACAUUCAAUUUCUCAGAUCACUGCUUUUUGGAAGAAAAUUAUAUAUAAUUAGUACAGUGUUAUAAUCCUCUAUAAAAUUUGAUUUGCUUUUACAAAAUAAAAUCUAUUCAGUUUUGCUU